AUGGCGCCCAUGGGCCUGAUCCUGCUGCUGCUCUGUGCUGCCCUGGGGCCCAGCGCGGCCACACCCGUCUGGUGCUUCGCCCGAUUGGAGGAGGCUGAGGGGGGCGAGGCCUGCGUGGAGCUACUGGGCGACGAGCCCGUCCCAUUGGCUGACUGCUGCCUCAACCCCGCCUAUGGCUACAGGCUCCGCCCCCACGGCAGCUGCCUCUCCUGCCGACGUGUGCGCUGGGGGUUUGAGAGGCGCAGCGGAGCUGCACCAACCCCCCCCCUGUCUGCGGGGGCAGCUGUGGCCCGGGGGCCAACGAGGAGACCCGGGAGUGCCAGGGCAGGACCCCGACCUGUCCCGUGGGCGGGGCCUGGGGCCCGUGGGGCCCGUGGGGCGGCUGCUCUGGCACGUGCUGGGGGGCGGGGCCGAAGCCGAGGCGGAAGCCGCAAGCGCCACUGUGAUUCGCCGCCGCCUUCGACGGACCCGCCUGGGGCCCCGUGUGCCGGGAGUGCCACCGACAGCCAGGAGUGCCCGGGGCUGCAGCCCUGCCCCGUGGACGGCGCGUGGGGGGCGUGGUCAGCGGCCACGCCCUGCCCGGUCACGUGCGGGCUGGGUGGUGUCACGUUGCGCCGCGCGUGCGACGCCCCUCCCCCCCAGCACGGCGGCCGCGCCUGCGCAGGAAAAGACACCCGGCGGGGGGUCUGCGGGCCCGUCGGGGCCUGCCCGGAGGUGCUGCACUGGGGGCCGUGGGGCCCCUGGAGCCCCUGCACCCGCCCGCUCUGGGAGUCCAUCGCCUGCAAGAGCACGGUGGGGCAGCAGCGGCGCACCCGGGCGUGUGUGGGGCACGGCCAGGGGGGGCCCUCGUGCCCCGCCGGGGAGGGGCUCGGCACCAUCCACGUCCGUGCCUGCUACAACAUCCAGAACUGCCUCCUGCGUGGGAACUGGUCAGACUGGAGCCCCUGGGGGCUCUGCACCCCCCCGUGUGGGACCAACCCCACGCGGAGCCGCAGCCGGGAGUGUCGGGCCACCUACCCCUCCUACAAGCUGACGGUGACAAACGUGGGCAGCAGCGGGAGCAGGAAUGUGACGUUCUGGGGGACGCCGAGGCCGCUUUGCGAGCCCCUGUUGGGGCAGAAGCUGCGCCUGGAGGAGACCCGGCCCUGCCUGCACGUCCUGCCCUGCCCCCCCCGACGAGGAAUGAGACUCCCGGUGACCUCGUGGGACGCUCCUCGGACCCCAAACUCGCCUGGAUUUCCCCCGAAACGCGCUUGGCUCCUCCCCCCGACCGUUCCCCCUAAUAAAGACCCGGCACUGAAGCGGCCCCCGAGGGCCUGGGGGGGUGUGGGGGAGCGAAAUCCCGAGGGGAGGGGAGGAGGGGGGUCCCGGGGAGGGGCAGCCUCGGGGGGGAGAAGGGGCGGCCCAGGGGUUCUUUUUUCGGGUGUCCCUGCCCGCGAUGACGUAACCGGCCACACCUCGCAAGUCCCCGCCCCUUCCCUCUGCAGAGCCGGGGGCGGGACUGAUGAUGAUGUCACCACGAGACCACGCCCACUCAAGCUGCCCAUAGCGGGGUCCCACCAGCCCCCUCGGGUGUCUCGGGACCCCUUCGGAGGCACCUAUAGGGUGAAGCUCUUCAGGGGUAAAUCGGUCCAUGGGGAUGUGGAGCUGCGAGUGGAGCAGGCCCAGUUCUCGGAGCUCUCCUGGCUGCCUCCACCCCACGGAGCCCUGAGUGUCACCAUCGACUCCCCCGGGGGGGCACCAGGCGGGUGCGCCCUGACUUUGUGCUGGUUCGAGAACCCCCCGAGGGGGGGGCCGGGACGCCCCUCGGCGGCUGCUGGUGGGCUGCACCUGGGGGGGGUCCCCAGCACCGACCCCCUCCCCGCCCUGUACGGCUUCGCCCACCCCCCCUGCCUGUGCUCCCAGUUUGCCCAGUUGGCUCGGCUGCAGCGGGAACUGGGCCCCGAGGCCUUUCCUCUGGUCCCACAGCGCUUCUGCAACCACCCCCGUGGACUGCUGACUGCCCCGACCUUCCCCAUGACGGUGACUCUCAGCCCCGCCCCCGCUGGGGUGGGCCAGGUGCGCGUGGGGACGCCGCAGGUGCUGGGGGCGGUGGCGGCCGCCAUGGGCGGGGCCCGGGCCGGGGCCCUGGUGCAGGGGGCCCCGCGGGGACCCAGCGGCUGCGGGUGCAGCGCAUCGGGGACGAGUACCGGGCUCUGCGGUGAGGGCGGGGCACGGGGGCGGGGCGGGGGGCGGGGCUUGGAGGCACCGGGGGUGGUGGAUGCCUGCGCUGGCCUCUUUGGGGGCGUCGACAUCUGCGGCGUGGAGGCUCUGCGGGGCCCCGACGGGCAGGAGCACAUCGUGCAGGUUCUGGGCUCGUGGCUGCCACUGGUGGCCGGGGGCGGCCGAGGAUCGGGCCCGGAUCGUGGAGCUGGUGCUGGCGCGGAUGAGAGAGGAGCUGCCAUGCCCCCGGAGCCCCUCCCCUUCCCGGCCACGCCUACAGACAUCAGUGACAUCGGGGUCCCCCCGGCCAGGGACCCCCCCACAGGGCGCCACCGCUGUCUGGCCCCGCCCAGCCCCGCCCACCACCGCAAGGGCAGCCUCGCCCCCCGCUGGGUGGAGCUUCACCACGCCCCGCCCAUCCCAGCACCACCCCACCACUCCCGCUCAGCCCCGCCCACCUGGUCCACAGCCUCGCCCCCAAACUCCACCCACAUCCCCCCAGACACGCCCACAAGCACCCCCUACCUCCCCUCAGCCCCGCCCCCAAACCCCACCCACCUCCCCACAGCCGCACCCGCAAGCCCCGCCCUCCACCGUCCAACCCCGCCCUCCACUCUCUCCAUCUGUGCCUCAGCCCGCCCCCCCACCCCCAGCCCCGCCCACAAGCCCCACCAACCUCCCCGCAGCCACGCCCCCAAGCCCCACCGACUGCACAGCCUCGCCCUCAGGCCCCGCCCACCACCCCACAGCCCCGCCCACCAGGCCCAGCCACAUCUCCCCAACCGAGGCCCAAAGCUCCGCCCACUUCCCCACAGCCCCGCCCACCAGGCCCAGCCCCGGCCCCCCAGCCACGGCCCCAAGCCCCGCCCCCCACUGCCCAGCCCCGCCUCUCCAGAUCCCCCUCAGUGCCCCAGCCCCGCCCCCAAGGCCCACUCCCCGCUGCCCAGCCCCGCCCCCCAGGCCCGCAGACCCCGCCCACCACUAGGCAGCCCCGACCACAGGCUCCACCCCUCGCCCCCAAACCGGCCCUGGCCCCCAAACCGGGCGGAGCCCCUCCCCCAAGGUAAGUCGGAGGGCCCCGCCCCCGAGCAGGGCCCCCCCGAGAGCCUGCGGGCGCUGCGGCAGAGCUUCGCCAGCCUCUUCACCGACUGA